AAUGUUGUGCCUGACCCUCAACAAUGUGUGUCAAGAAUGUACAAUUUGUCAUCUUCGAGCUUGUCUAAACUCAAGGAUCGUAUUGUUUCAACAAAUCCACAAAUACAAAAUCCAUCUCGCAUUGAAGUUGCCACAGCACUUAUUCAUAAGUGUGGGGUUGAUGUGUCAAUGGCAAAAUCAGGCGCGUUUAGACCAACUGUGUUAUUCCAUGUAAUGAAUUUACGCCCUCCUAUUCCAUUCAACACAAUAGGAAAUGCUACUUGUUACUUUAGCACAAGAGCAAUGAGUAUAGAUAAAACAACGUUACCAAACUAUGUUGGUGAGUUACAAAAGGCUAAACAACAAAUUCGAUACGAAUUGAAAGAUAUGAACACAAAGGAACUAGCCUUACAUGCAAUCGAAAAAAUUAAAGAGAUUGUAAACAUAGCAAAUGAGGAUGUAUUUGACAUAUAUUUUUGUACAAGUUUGUGCACUUUUGGGUCACAUAAGAUUGAUUUUGGAUGGGGUAGCCCCCUAAGAGUGACUCAAGUGAAACAUCCAACUAAAAAUAAAUUUAUGUUCCUGGAUGAUCCAAGUGGAGAAGGGAUAAAUGUACUAAUCACUUUGACUGAGGCUGAUAUGUUACUAUUUCAAAAUAACAAAGAGCUUCUAGAGUUUGCUUCUCCAGUUGUUGAGUCGUCUUUGUUAGGGAGCACUUUAUCUCUCAACGUGGAACUUUCUGACGUGAAAUCAAAAUUAUAA